AUGUUGCAUCUGUAUGUGGCACACUAUGCAACCAAACUGGCGAAUAUUGUUCAACAGGUUCCGUUACCUUUCUUGGCCAUCACCAUUCUCUUUAAUGCCAUUGCUUUUUUUAUAGAGCUCUAUUUGGAUUACAGGCAAAGUAGGCUUUUGAAAACAUCAACGAAUAUCCCAUCUAAAUUGCAAGAUUAUAUUGACAAAGAUGAAUAUGAUGACAUGAGAAAUUAUAGUAUAACAAGAUUAGGAUUUUCUCGAUUAGAAAAUGCGUACGGUUUCAUUACAGAAGUAUUUAUUUUGCUCUCGGGAGUUCUGAAUUGGAUGUUCGAUCUAGCCCUCAAAACGAACAUGUUACUUUUUGGCCUCGGUGAAGAAUAUGUCAUCACUAGAGGUGUGACAUUUCUAUUUCUUGUUUCAUUAUUGAGCACUUUCGUUCGUGCACCAUUUGAAGUGUAUCGUAUAUUUGUGUUGGACGGAAAAUUCUUUGAGAUUAAGCAAGAACGAAGAGAUUUGCAAAAAUCGAUCGAAAAUGAUCCAUCCACAGAAUUUUUAAAGAAAGAAACUCUUGAUAAAAUCAGUAGAAGGAGAGUCAUGCAAGUGAAUAAUGCAAAUAUGUUUUUCGGAGAUGAAAAUCACCAGAAUGGAUCCUACUACAAUGAAUACAGUACCGAUGAAGAGGAGGUUGCUCUACUUCCUGAGCAUGCUAGCCCUCAACUCAAUGAAAAAUCAAUUAUUGGCAAGGAAAAUAUCGCCAACAAGCUCAUGACUUCAACAGCCGUAGAAACAUCUGAAGAUGAAAAAGAGGACCAUGACGCCUCCUUGAGUGACAAUAGCAGUGACAGUGGAGUGCAAGACAUUAUGUCUGUUUUCCGAAAUUGGAUUAUGGAUCAAAUCAAGAUGGGAAUUAUGGCCGUGGUGAUUGGUAUUCCAUUAUUAUUUUUAAUUUUAUGGCUCCUCAUAACAGGUAGCCCAAUUCAUUGGGUUUAUCUUUGGUUUGGAGGUGUUGCCCUUUCUGUUGGAAUUUAUGAAUUGUAUCCAAUUGUGUUAGCACCCAUGUUCAAUACUUUUUAUGAAAUGCCUGAAGGCCCACUUCGAAAGAGUAUCGAAGAACUGACCAAGACUGUUGGAAUUGAUGUGAAAGAUAUUGUCUAUGUGGAUGGUUCAAAACGAAGUGAACACGCCAAUGCUUUCAUGGUGGGCAGUGGAAAAAACAAGAAAAUUGUACUCUAUGAUAACUUGAUCAGCAAGGAUGGAUUGAAUUUAACCAAUGAGGAAAUUUUGGCAAUUCUAGCUCACGAAAUUCAUCAUUACAAGAUGAAUCAUAGUAUCAAAAUUCUAACUUCUCAAGUAUUGGCACUCGGAAUAUUCUUAUUCAUUCUUUCAUUUACAAUUUACAAUGAACACUUUUAUUCAAGCUUUGGAUUUGGAUUUAUUGAUCCAAGUGUUGGCCUCUGCCUAUUUUCUUAUCUAUACCAACCAUUGGGCAACCUUGCCAUGGUCAUACUGAACUACAUUCAACGAAGCUAUGAAUAUUCAAGCGAUGAAUACAGUCUCUCUCUUGGCUAUGACAUUGAAAAACCACUAAUUAGAAUGCAUGUAAAUAAUGUAUAUAAUUUAAUUGUUGACAAACUGUACUCGAGAUAUUACAACGCUCAUCCCUCACUGUUAGAGCGAAUGGACAAUAUAAAACGAUUCAAGGAAAAGUAUGCCGUUCGACAACGCCUAAAUGCAAAGCUCACAAAGCAAGAAUAG